GUGAGAGACAUAAAGCUAACAAUCAAAAAAGCAAGAAAAAUGUCGAAAUAAACACAACCCAACAACUAGGAAAAAACUCUCUCUCUCUCUCUCUCUCUCUCUCUCUCUCUUUCUCUCUCAAGGAAUCAGAAACCACGUUAAGGUGGGGGUUUAAUUGAAGCUCUUUCUCUUUCUUCUUCUUCUUGUUAAUUUCUGUUCCAUGGAAGGCCAGAUUAGAGAUGGGAAGAAGGCUGAUGGAGCCUUGGAAGGAUUUGCUCCUCUCUCUUCCACAAGGAUUGAUUGGAAACCCAGAAAGAGAUCAGGUACUAGCGGGAGGAAUGUAGACAAGCUAACAGAAGAUACUGCUAAUAAUACUCCCAACAAACAGGAAGAGCCCGUCACUGAGGAGGAGAUGCAGGACUUAGCCGCAGCUCCUGAGCUUUCUGAACGUCGAAAGGCUCUUUUUGAACCCUUAGAACCUAUAACAAAUAUCAACGGGAAGCGACCGUCGGCUGAAUCCUUACUUCCUCCGCCGGACUUUGAUGCCACAACCUAUCCUAAGGGGUGGCUGAUUGGAAAAAAGCGAAAGCUAGUUAAUGUUGACGUGGUUGAGAGUAUGCGGAGGAUCGCUGUGCAGGAAAUGAACAGAAAGGAUAGGGAAAUUGAUGGGCUAAAUGAGCAAUUGGAAGAGGAUGCAAGGUGCCUAGAACACUUGCAACUUCAGCUCCUGCAAGAGCGAAGCAAACGGUCGGAGGUGGAGAGAGAAAAUGCAAUGCUGCAAGACCAGGUCACCAUGCUAAUGAACAUGCUGGGAGAAGAUGACCCCGUGGAUGAUGAAGGCCCCGACGCACCAUAAUUGCUUCUUUUUUUGGUUUCUUUAAUUCUUUUUGUACAUUUGGUUGGAGAGUAGAAAUAAGAGAUGCAAAUAUAUAAUAUGCAGUGCCAAUGCUGUGCACAUGCUUAUUAUAAAAUUGUGUCUUGCAAAAGUCAUAUACCAAAGUAAAUAUUGAAACUUUAUGUAUCUUGGAUAGUUUAGUCUU